AUGGAUAGUGGGAUUGAGUGUGCCCUCAGCAAGUUUGAUGAUAACACUAAGCUGAGUGAUUCAUUUACAUGUUUUAAUGGAGGUGAGUGUGUCUACAGAGAGCUGUGCAACUGCAGUCGAUUUAAUGCAACUGGACCAAGAUGCCAGACAGUGUAUAAUACAGGUGCUGAAAGAGAUCAUAUAUGCAGAACAUGGGGUCAAUAUAAUUUUGAAACUUUCGAUGGACUCUAUUAUUAUUUUUCUGGCAAAUCCACAUACGCGCUUGUGAGACAUACUGAAUUAGAUGAACAGAGUUUCUCCAUACAGGUGAAUAAUGAUCCUGAGUGCCAUUCUUCUCCUUACUCCUGCAGAAGGUCUGUUAGUUUAUUCUUUUCUGGAGAUGAACAGAUAAAGAUGAGCAGUGAAGUCACCUAUAAAGGAUAUGGAGUACAGUUACCUUCUAUUAUUGGAAACUUACACAUUCAGAAGCUAGCUGGAUACUUCCUAGUCAGGCACCAGUAUGCCUUUACUCUGGCUUGGGAUGGUACCUCUGCAGUGUAUAUCAAAAUGGCACCAGAGUACCUGGGCAAAACACAUGGACUGUGUGGAAACAAUAAUGCUAUCCUGCAGGAUGAUCUUGAAACUAGUUAUGGAAAACUGACAGAUGAUGUAACAGAAUUCGUAGAGAGCUGGCAGGAAAAUCCUCUGCAAGGAGCACCCAAUUGGGAUAAAUCUCUUCUCAAUGAACCACCCUGCCUGACACAAAGCCAUGAAUCUCUAGAGAGGGCAUAUGCUUUGUGUAACAUCCUGUUACAUCCCCCGUUUGAACAAUGUCAUGAAUAUGUGAGUCCUGUUCCUUUUAUGGCAAGCUGCACCAACGAUCUUUGCAUGUCAGCGGUUGGUAAUGCAACUUGGUGUCGAGCAUUAACAGAAUAUGCCAGAGCAUGCGCCCAAGCAGGAAAGCCACUUCAUGGAUGGCGAAUGCACUUUCAGCAGUGUGUGAUUACCUGUGCUGAACCCUUGACCUACAAUGAAUGCAUCAACUGUUGCCCUGUUUCAUGUCAUCAGCAAUCACAGUGCAUUGACAGUGAGCUUCCCUGCAUUGAUGGAUGCUACUGUCCAGAUGGCUUAAUUUAUGAAAAUGAAGUGUGUGUCAAGCCUAUGGACUGUCCUUGUGACUACCAUGGAAGUUUCUUUGAAGUGGGUUCAGUGGUUUAUGAGGAAUGUAAUAACUGCACUUGCAUUGGAGGAAAGUGGAUUUGUACAAAUCUUACGUGUCCAGCUGAGUGCUCAGUUUCAGGAGACAUCCAUUUCAUGACCUUUGAUGGGCGCAAAUACACUUUCCGAGCUACCUGCCAAUAUAUUCUAGCAAAAAGCCGUACAUCUGAAGCGUUUACUAUAUCCUUGCAAAAUGCUCCUUGUGGACAGAACCAGGAUGGAUCAUGUAUCCAAUCAAUCAGCCUUAUUCUUAAGCAGGACCCCAAGAGGCAAGUGACACUGACUCAUUCAGGAGAUGUUUUGGUGUAUGACCAAUACAAAAUUAACCUGCCUUAUGCAGAUGAGUUAUUUGAAAUAAGGAAACUCUCCUCUGUAUUUCUUCAAGUAAAGACACACAUUGGAUUACAGAUACUGUACGACAGAGAAGGACUGAGGCUUUACCUUCAAGCUGAUGGACGGUGGAAAGAUGAUACUGUGGGCCUUUGUGGAACUUUCAAUGGAAAUACGGAGGAUGAUUUUUUAUCUCCAGUUGGAGUAACUGAAAGCACUCCAGAGCUGUUUGGAAACACAUGGAAAACUUCAUCAACAUGCUUUCUUGUGCAUGAUAGUUCGCAAAUGGAUCCGUGUGAUAUUCAUCUGCAGGCAGCCUCUUAUGCAGCGGAAGCCUGUAGCAUCCUUAUGAAAGAACUUUUUGCUCCGUGCUACCCCUAUUUGAGUCCUGUUCCCUAUUUUGAGCAGUGCAGAAAAGACACUUGCAAAUGCGGACAUACUUGUUUUUGUUCUGCUCUGGCCCAUUAUGCUCACCAUUGCCGAAGAUUUGGAGUCACAAUAGAUUUCAGAAGAGGUGUCCCAGACUGUGCUCUUUUCUGUGAAGAUACAAAGGAGUACAGUACUUGCGUAUCUACCUGUGGCAGAACCUGCCAAGCACUGUCUGUGCCAGAGACAUGCAGCAGUGAUUGUGUUGAAGGCUGUGCUUGUCCCUCUGGAAUGUAUUUGAAUUCCAAGACUGAACAAUGUGUGCAGCGAAAUGAAUGUCCGUGUUAUUUUCAAGGAAUUGACUAUCCCCCUGGAGAAAACAUUAUGACAUCUUUGGGCAGAUGCCAUUGCAGGGAUGGAGUAAUGAAUUGUGAUAACAACAGAAUAGUGCACAGCUGCCCAAUUGGACAGAUUUAUGUUAACUGCAGUAAUCCACAAGUUGAUCCUGAACUCAGCAGAGAGAGGACUUGUGAGAAUCAGCUGCUAAACCUCACUUUUUCAGGACACCUUCCUUGUGUUUCAGGUUGUGUCUGCCCACCAGGUCUUGUUAAACAUGGGGAUGCAUGCUUGGAAACAGAUGAAUGUCCAUGUUCAUGGAAAGGAAAGGAAUACUUUCCAGGUGACAAAGUCAUUUCUUCCUGUCAUACAUGCAUUUGCCAGCAUGGAUCAUUUCAAUGCACCUUCCAUCCUUGCCCAUCAAUGUGCACAGCGUAUGGGGAUCGGCAUUACAGAACAUUUGAUGGACUAACAUUUGAUUUUGUUGGAACUUGUAAGGUUUAUCUAGUUAAGGGUACUUCUUCAACCAGUUUUUCUGUUAUUAUAGAGAAUAUUAACUGUUUUAAUACUGGAAUCAUUUGCAGAAAAAACAUUUUUAUUAAUGUUGGAAAAUCUUUUUUAAUAUUGGAUGAUGAAACUGGAAAUCCCAGCUUAUCUAGUUACAUAGACAAACUGCAAAAAAUACUGUUAUGGAAAGCUGGAUUUUUCACUGUUGUUCAUUUUCCUAAUGAGCACAUCACAAUUCUUUGGGAUCAGAGAACAACAGUUCAUGUACAGAUGGGUCAUCAGUGGCAGGUAAAAGGAAGUUUGGAAAACAGUUGCAGCUGGUUUUGUUUUGUAUCAUAUAAUUUUGAAUUAACAAACUCACAAGAGUUUGGAAACAGCUGGACAGCUGUAGAGUGUGUUGACAGCUCUGACAUUCGCAAUCCCUGCAGUUUGAAUCCCCUUCGAGAGCCAUUUGCCAAGAAGGAAUGUGGAAUACUGUUAAGUGAAGCAUUUGAAGCUUGCCAUCCAGUGAUUGAUGUCACCUGGUUUUACUCAAACUGCUUAGCAGAUACAUGUGGUUGUAACCAAGGAGGUGAUUGUGAGUGUUUCUGUACAAGCGUAUCGGCAUAUGCCCAUCAGUGCUGCCAGCAUGGAGUUGCUGUAGACUGGAGGUCCCCUAGAGUGUGUCCUUAUGAUUGUGAAUAUUUCAACAAAGUUCUGGGAAAGGGCCCAUACAAACUGGUCAGCUAUUUGGAUGGAGAAUUUGUAAUGGCAGUGAAACUGCUGGAUGGUGUUGUUUUACCAGUGAGAGAAGAAGAUAUUUUUCCUGAACAUGCAGUGAGCUUUAUGCUGACUUCAGGACUUUAUAAACCCAAAGCACAUGAUUCCAACUUGAUUUCAUUUGAAGUGGCUGAGAGACCAAACUAUUUUCUUCAGUUGGCCUUCAAUAAUACUCUCCUUCUUUCUAAAUGGGAAAAAAGCGAAGAGUUUCACAACAGAUCUACAUUUGUCAUUCACAAGAAUACAUGGCUUUCGGGAUACAGUUCCUUUGAGUCAUUUGCGAAACCAGGAUACUUCAUCCACAUUUCAGGCUCCUCAGUUGAGCUUUUGAAGUACCAUCAUUCAGAGGAGUUCAGACUGUCAACCCUUUUUAAGCUUGUAGAUGUCAAAUUUAAAUUUCUAUCCCGUUCUGCAUGUGAAUGGCAUUAUGAUGCCUGUACAAGCCCUUGUUUCAAGACAUGCAGGGACCCUUUGGGAAAAACCUGUCAGGCAGUACCGAAAGUGGAAGGAUGCAUCCCUGCCUGUCCUCUCAAUAUGUUGCUGGACGAAAUCACUCAAAGAUGCGUGUAUUUUGAAGACUGCAUUGAACCUGCAGAUGAUAGUUCACCUUUGCCACCCAGCACUCAAAUACCAGCAGUUUCACACAUAACACCAAGUACAAGUUUGGCAGCAAUGAGGGAAGUGGUAACUUCAUUUCCUGUACCUGAAGCAAAGGACAUUGAAACAACACUUGCUUCAGAGCUGCAACUCACUGCAGCUACAGGGAAAACUGAAUUUUCAGCCGUUACAUCUAAUACAACACUUCCAAGAAUAACUUUAUCAUCAAAUACUUCUUCACAGUCAACAGAAAUGACAUCUGGGAAAACUACUACAACAAUGUCUGAGACAACAAAAUCUAAUGUAAGCUUGUCUUCUCCUGUUGACAUUUCCCCAUUGUUUCCAUCUAAGGUCAGUUCUGAAACUUCCACAAAGAUACAACCAAUCAGUAGUGGUUCCACUAAACUAUUAAGGGCUACAGAACCUCAGACAGUAACUGCUAGACACGCAGUGACUACAAGCACAGAAUCAGAAAGCAAACCUAUUUCUCCUUUUUUUUUUACUGGGACAGCACUUACACUUAGAACAACAGAAUUGCCAGUCAAAACUAAAAUAAUGGAAAUAUCAGAAAUAGCCACAAGAACAUUUCCCACAAAAGAAGCACAAGUAAAACCAGAAGGACUUACCACAUUUACACCCAGUUCAUUUGAAUCAAUAACAGAAAAAACUACUGUGUAUCUGCCCCAGUUUCCGACACCACCACCAGUAAACCUAACAGCAACUUCAGAAGGGAAAAAAAUAAGCAUAGGACAGUCUUUUACCACAGUAGCCAAUGUUACAGUAAUAUCAUUUUCUCCUGUGAUUACUACUUUGUUAAAACCAGCCUCUUCAGCAACAACAAAAGCAGCAAUUGUUUUAACUGAACAAAGCAUGAAGACUACAUCUUCACCAACAUCCACACCACCUGUUUCAUUAGGAAAGGCAAUUACAGAACCUCCUAUUGAAAUGGUUCAACACCUGGCUCGUACUACAGAGGUACCUUUCACUACAACUCUAGGUCCAAAGACAUCAACUCUGCAAACUCAAGAGAGGUCAUCAGGAACAACUUUGUUAUCAUUUACAACUCAUAAGAAGGAAACUCCCAAAACAACAUCUCAUGUGGAACAUACGUCAAGUUACUAUGUCCCUCCAUAUUCACUACAUCCUUGUUCUACAACUGAAAAAUCCAUCACUCUUUCUACAAAAAGACCUUCAAUGUCUGUUCCUACUCCUGCUUCUCCAGUUUCAGGUGAGAUAAAAAAAACAUUUGAAACUGUUUCAACUACAAGAUAUCCCUCAUACAUACUUCUAAACACAACAGAGUUCCUCACUACAUUAUACACUAAAUAUCCUGUUGUGGCUGAGGCUAUGAGAGUGACACCUUUGUCUGCUGAGGUAACAUCCAAAAUAACAUCCCCUUUUGAAUUAGCAGCAAAGUCAACUUUGUUUUCUGGAAAAACAUCUACCAAAUACAAGUCAACUCUGGUUUCAAGCACAGUGAAGACAAGCACUUCAGCGUAUUCAGGUACUGUUACCACAUCAGCAAUGAAAACCUCUAUCUCAUCAAAAGAAGCCACCAGAGUUCCUUUCAUAGCUACAGAAAGAGAGUCAGCUCAAACAACAUCCAUCACUGGAUCUCCGCUUACUCUCUUUAGUGGAACUGAAACCACAUUGUUGAAAACGCAGCCUGAUACGUCACAAGUGGAAAGAAUUACUAGCAUCUCUACUAGAAAGCCAUCUGUUUUCCCUUUUUCACCAUCAAGUUCUCCAAUCUCUUUAAAUAUUUCUCUUCCUUCACUACCCUCAUAUGGAAAAGAAGCAUUAUCGACAGCAACAACCUCUUUACAUCCAAGUUCUGUUUUACUUCCAGUAACAAAGUCGUCUUACACUUUCUCCACCUCUCGGUAUCUAGCCGAUAAAUCACUUUCUUUACCUUCUUUAACACAAAUGGUACUGGAAGUAACAACCACACCAAAAUAUCCAGUAGAAACUGCAAUGAAAUCUACAGUCCAAAGUACAACAGACACAGUAAAACUUCCAGCAGCUACAGCUCAGCCAUCCUUUUCUCCAUCUUCAGUAGGCCUCUUCUUUUGGCAGACAUCUUCAGGAGAUAAACUUUCAGUACAGACCACAAAGACCAUGGUUAUACCACAUUUUUCUACUCAGAAGGCUAUGGAACUUGGUAGUCAGACUUCUGAGCCUUUGUUGACAAGCCAAAGCAGUACCCCAGUUUACCAGUACCCUGCAGAAACUCAAACAAAAUCCACUGUUCAGCCACAAAGUGUCUUUAGCACAACUAAAGCUACAGUAGGACUGACUUCCUCAUACACCUUAAUCACCUCACUACCUGAAGCUGCGUCGUCAGCCAGUACUACUCAAACUUCAAAACUUCAAAUAUCAUCUGAGGUGCAAACGCCUUCCUUGAGUCCACUGCUAAUGAUAUCUGACCAUCCAAAUGACACAACAGCUUCCUCAGUUUCCUCAUUUGUCUAUUUAUCUACCAAACCACUUUAUGGCUUGACUACAACAUUUUCUGGUGGACUGGCAACAGCUGAAGUUGUGUCAGGAGUCACAGCAUCAGCUUUUAUGCCACCUAGAGAAACAGCAACUCUUCAAACUUGUACACCAAUCACAGAGAAUGAGUGCAUAAAACACAUUUGCUUGGAUGGACAACUGAUCCAAGUUAAUAAGUCACAGAACUGCCCAUACAGUGCAACUCAACCCAGCUGUGGAGUUUUAGGAUUUGCUACUCAAACGAAUGGUGACAAAUGCUGCCCAAAGUGGGAAUGUGCAUGUCGUUGCACAAUUUUCACUGAUUUGAGCAUUGUAACCUAUGAUGGAAAUCAUGUGGCUUUAUUCAAAGCAGCAUCUUAUAUUGUUAGUCAAACUCAAGAUGAAACUAUAACCAUCCAUAUCCUUGACUGUAGAAUGAGUAAUUCAAAUUCAACUUCCUUGUGCCUGGCAAUGUUGAAUCUAACCUAUGAAUCAAACCAAAUUAUUAUCAAUCAUUUAAGUAGAAAAAUAACAGUAAAUUCAAGAUUUGCUUGGCCUACUGUUAGAAAAUAUGGAUACAAAGUCGAGGAUUCAGGCUUCAAGUAUGCGAUUGAGACACCGUCAAAAAUCAGAAUUCAAUGGUUUCACAACACAGGCGUGAUGAUUAUUGAUUCUAAUAGUACCAGGGAACCAAGAGCUUUGGGACUAUGUGGUUUUUGCGAUAGAAGCUUGGAAAAUGACCUGAUGCUACCCAACAGGACAGUUUUAAGCAAAAGCAAUGCUCCAUCGACUUUUAUAGACAGCUGGCAAGUGCCAGACACGUUAAAGUAUGUUGGAGAAGACAGGCAUCAGGAAACUAAUUGCUCAGUCAUGGACUGCUCAGAGUGCUUAAGAAUGGUGUUGAACCACACCUUCAGCAGCUGUCAUCCUUAUGUUCCACCUGAGCUAUUCUGUGAUAUAUGGGUUCAGGACACUGAGUACAUUCGAAAUCCAUGCAUUUCACUAGCUGCCUAUGUGGCAAUGUGCAACAAAUUUAAUAUUUGUAUAGAAUGGAGGAGCUCUGAUUACUGCCCCUUCCCCUGCUCUGAAAACUUCUCCUAUCAGGCUUGUAUAGCUGCCUGUGAGGUUGCAGAUAGUUGUCAGAAUAAUGAGGUUGCUUCUCUGGACUCCGACUCCUGCUCAGGGUUGACGGAAGGCUGCGUCUGUGCUGGAGGCACCAUCCUUCACCGAGCUCACACUGCUGUCUGUAUCCCUGAAGAAAAAUGUGCUUGUACAGACAGCUCAGGAGCACCUCAUGCAGUAGGUGAGAUCUGGAAAACUUCUUUGAGCGAAUGCUGUAUGCAAAAAUGUGUUGACAGUGAGACCAUUAUUCCAGUGGAGUACAACUGUUCGGAUACCCAUAAUUUAGACUGUCAGCGAUUUGCAGAAGUGCCCUUACUUGUUCCUGGUGAUCAGACAUGUUGUCCUCAGAAGAUCUGUAUUUGUAAUCAGAGCCUCUGUGAACCCCUAAUCCCUGAGUGUAAUGGCUUGGAAAAGCUGGUCACUUACUACAGUGAAGAAUCCUGUUGUCCCAACUAUGUUUGUGAAUGUGAUCCAGCAAAAUGUGAACCAAUGGAGCAGAUGCCAAGCUGUCAAGACGAUCAAACACUAAUUGCUGCUCGAGUGGAGAGUACCUGCUGCAUUUCCUAUAUAUGUGCAUGCGGGGCUUGCUCUGAUCAAAUACCCGAAUGUCAAGAAGGAGAAGUUCUUGUUGUGGAUGGCAACACUACAGAGAGGUGUUGCCCUACGUACCAGUGUAUUUGUGAAAUACAUCGUUGUCCUGAAUUCAAAUGUAUGCUAGGCAUGUCUUUGGUGGAGGUGUGGAGCCCAGAGAAGUGCUGCCCCUUUCGGACAUGUGAAUGUGCAUGCGAAAUGAUCCCCAAACCUCAGUGCAAAGUGGGGCAGAAACUUCAUAUAGAUGAACAAUUUCAGAACAGUACAGAAAAUAUCUGUAACUGUGUUAAGUACAAAUGUGUGAGAGACAAAGUUUGCCUGAGUAAUGACAGAGGUGUGCUGCUUCCUGGACAGUCAAUCAUGGAACACAGUGCGGAUGGCAUUUGCCGUAUUUCUUAUUGUACAAAUAUGAUUGAUCCCUCCACUAAAUACUACCAAAUAAACACAUCUUCAAUAGACUGUGCUGUAAAGUGCAAACCUAACCAAGUCUAUCAGCCUCCAAAAGAUUUAACAACUUGCUGUGGUAGCUGUAAGAACUUGUCUUGCCUCCACACUUUCAGCAAUGGCACAGUGUCAAAUUUCAAGCCUGGUACUGUUUGGAUUUCAAACUGCAUCAGAUACGAAUGCACUAACACUGCAGUAGGACCAGUUCUGGUUUCCUCUUCAGUUGGCUGCCCACCCUUUAAUGAAACUGAAUGUGUGAAGGUUGGAGGCUACGUUGUACCAUUCUUAGAAGGAUGCUGCAAAACAUGUAAGGAAGACGGAAAAUUCUGUAAAAAGGUGACUGUUAGGAUGACUAUCCGCAAGAAUGACUGCAGGAGUAACACACCAGUGAACAUCGUUUCGUGUGAUGGAAAGUGCCCGUCUGCAAGCAUUUACAACUACAAUAUCAACACAUAUGCAAGAUUCUGCAAAUGCUGCAGGGAGCUCGGACUACAGAGACGAAUUGUGCAAUUGUAUUGCACCAGUAAUUCAACCUGGGUCAGCUAUUCAAUCCAAGAACCUACAGAUUGUUCUUGCCAAUGGUCUUAA